GGCACUGCAGCAGCAGAGCGCCUCCUCCCUCCUCCUGCAGCCGGAGUUACAUUCCUGUUCUCUCCAUUCACACGGAGGGAGCCACCGGAGAGAGAGCACCGCCGCUCCGUGACCAGAGUGGAAUGUCCCUAAGUUUUGGAAUUUAAAAACAUGGCAAGGAUAUCUAACCUACGGAUCACUUGAACCUGGCUCCCCCCUCGUUCAUCUGUGGAUGAUGUUCCUGAUGACUGCGUGCAACGCUGAGAACAGGACAGUAAAUCAGUAGGCGUUUUGUUGCCCCAUCCUUUAUCCUUCUCUCUCCCUCAAAUCUGUCCUCCUUUAUUCCUUGACAGAAGAACAAAAACGAAAGAAAAUCCUGACUUGGGUCUUGGUACCAGAGCUUGUACUCCUCCUCCUCCUCCUCACUUUUUCCUUCUCCAACCCCCAAGCCUUGCCCAGAUAUGUGCCCCCUAACUCGGUCAGUGGCUGCCCCUGGCCAAGGGAACUCAUUUCUCCUCAUGGGGCUUUUGCUUAUCAUGAGCUCAUCCUUCUCUGGAGGCCAACCCCCACCCUUCAAACUAUUUGCUCCUGCUGAGUGGGGGCUUACACAUCUGGCCAUCCACAACAAAACUGGAGAAGUCUAUGUGGGAGCUGUCAACUGGAUUUUCAAGCUGUCUAGCAACCUGACCAAACUUCGCAGCCACAUGACUGGCCCAGUGGUGGACAAUGAGAAGUGCUACCCUCCACCCAGUGUCCAGUCCUGCCCUCAUGACCUGGCCCAGAUCCCCAAUGUGAACAAGCUUCUUCUCAUAGACUAUGCACAGAACCGCCUCAUUGCCUGUGGCAGCGCCUCCCAGGGAAUUUGCCAGUUCCUACGUCUGGAUGACCUUUUUAAGCUUGGCGAGCCCCACCACCGCAAGGAGCACUACCUUUCUAGUAUGGCAGAGUCGGGCACCAUGUCCGGGGUCAUCAUAAGCUCCCCCCACAGUCCGACCAGUAAGCUUUUCAUCGGAACCCCCAUUGAUGGCAAGUCUGAGUACUUCCCCACAUUGUCCAGCCGCAAGCUGAUGGAGAAUGAAGAAAAUGCAGACAUGUUCAGCUUUGUCUAUCAGGAUGAGUUUGUCUCCUCUCAGCUGAAGAUCCCCUCUGACACUUUGUCCAAGUUCCCUGCUUUUGACAUCUAUUAUGUUUACAGCUUCAGCAGCGAGCAGUUUGUCUAUUAUCUAACAAUGCAGCUAGAUACCCAAUUGACUUCACCUGAUGCCAGUGGAGAGCAGUUUUUCACCUCGAAAAUUGUCCGCCUUUGUGUGGAUGACCCCAAGUUUUACUCCUAUGUUGAGUUCCCCAUUGGCUGCACUAAAGAUGGGGUAGAGUACCGCCUGGUGCAGGAUGCCUUCUUGGCUCGUCCAGGCCGGCAGCUGGCCAACUCUCUGGGGAUAUCGGAGAAUGAAGACAUCCUCUUCACAGUCUUCUCUCAGGGUCAGAAGAAUCGGGCCAAACCACCCAAAGAGUCAGCAUUGUGUCUGUUCACCCUCAGGAGGAUAAAGGAGAAGAUCAAAGAAAGAAUUCAGUCCUGCUACAAGGGAUAUGGGAAACUCUCCUUACCCUGGCUGCUCAACAAGGAGCUCGCUUGCAUCAACUCGCCCCUGCAGAUAGACGAUAACUUCUGCGGCCAGGACUUCAACCAGCCUCUGGGGGGAACCAGCACCAUCGAGGGCACACCCCUCUUCAUCGACAAAGAUGAUGGCAUGACCUCGGUGGCAGCAUACGACUACCGUGGCAACACCGUAGCUUUUGUUGGCACGAGGAAUGGCAAACUGAAGAAGAUCUUGGUAAACUCUGUGAGUCCCAACCGUCCAGCGGUGCUCUAUGAGAAGGUGACUGUAAGCGAGGGAGGAAGUCCCUUACUGAGAGACAUGCUGUUCAGCCCAGACCAGCAGUACAUCUACACGCUGACUGACAGACAGGUGAGUUCAGUGUUAGAAAUUUGCUCAUAUUCUCCAUCUCUUCUCUCCUCCCCUCCCCUCAUCUUCUGUCUCACUCAUCUGUUUAUUCUUUCCUUCUGUCCUAACCUCUCUUCUUAUCCAUCUCCUAAUUUUCCCCUUUCCUCCUUUUCUUUCCCUUUGUCCUUACUGUCUCCUCCUUAUUUGUUGCCGCUCCUUAGUUGUUCACGUAAGGACCGGUGUGAACGAGCCGGAGAGCCCCAGAGGUUUGCCUCCGACCAGAGGCAGUGUGUGGAGCUCACUGUUCAGCCAAGAAAUAUCUCUGUUACCAUGUCGGAAGUCCAGCUGGUCCUCCAGGCUCGUAACGUGCCUGAUCUGUCAGCAGGGGUCAACUGCUCCUUCGAGGACUAUGUGGAGACGGAGGGACAGAUCCAGGGUGGACACAUCUUCUGCCUGUCUCCCUCUGUCCGGGAGAUUAUCCCCAUCACAAGGAACAAAGGUGACAUGCGGGUGGUGAAGCUCUAUCUGAAGUCCAAGGAGACGGGCAAGAAGUUUGCCAGUGUCGACUUUGUCUUCUACAACUGCAGUGUCCAUCAGUCCUGUCUCUCCUGUGUCAACGGCUCGUUCCCAUGCCACUGGUGCAAAUACCGGCACAUGUGCACCCAGAACGCCAAUGACUGCUCCUUCCAGGAGGGUCGUGUCAACAUCUCCGAGGAUUGCCCUCAGAUCCUUCCCUCAACCCAGAUCUACAUCCCUGUUGGGGUGACCAAGCCAAUCACCUUAGCUGCCAAGAACCUGCCCCAGCCCCAGUCAGGACAAAGGAACUACGAAUGCGUCUUCCACAUCCAGGGGGAGACCACUAGUGUACCCGCCCUGCGCUUCAACAGCACCUCAAUCCAGUGCCAGAAAACAGCGUAUACCUACGACGGCAAUGAUAUCAGUGACCUGCCAGUGGAUUUGUCUGUAGUUUGGAACGGAAACUUUGUCAUCGAUAACCCCUACAACAUCAAAGCCCACCUGUACAAGUGCUAUGCCCUGAGGGAGAGCUGUGGGAUGUGUCUGAAGGCAAACCCCAGGUUUGAAUGUGGCUGGUGCGUACAGGAGAAGAAAUGCUCCUUGAGGCAGGAGUGUACUCCUCCAGAGAACACUUGGAUGCAUGCCACCACAGGAAACAGCCGCUGUGCACACCCCAAGAUCACUAAGUUGUCUCCGGAGACGGGGCCCAGGCAGGGAGGAACCAUGCUGACCAUCACUGGUGAGAAUCUGGGUCUGCAGUUCAAAGACAUCCAGAAUGGAGUCCGCAUCGGGAAGGUAGCCUGCAACCCUCAGGAGGACCAAUACAUCAGUGCCGAGCAGAUCGUGUGCCGGCUAAAUGAUGCAACAGGUUACAGGGUGCAGGAGGCUCAGGUAGAAGUGUGUGUUAGGGAUUGCAUUCACCCCGACUACAAAGCAGUCUCCACCAAGGCCUUCUCCUUUGUGUCUCCAUACUUUAACCGUGUCAUUCCUUCUACUGGGCCGCUGUCUGGAGGAACAAAGAUCACCAUUGAAGGAAGUCAUCUCAAUGCAGGCAGUGCUGUAUCUUUGAAGAUAGGACUUCACCCCUGCCACUUUGUGAGGCGGAGCAACAAGGAGAUAGUUUGUGUCACCCCGGCUGGACAAACCCCUGGCACCACCCCAGUCAUGGUGGACAUCAACUCUGCAGAGCUGAGGAACCCAGAGGUCAAGUUCAACUACUCGGACGAUCCCACCAUCCUCAAGAUCGAGCCUGACUGGAGUAUCGCCAGUGGAGGAACCAUGUUGACCAUCACUGGAACCAAUCUGGCCACCAUCAAGGAACCCAGAAUGAGAGCCAAGUAUGGAGCUGCCAAGUCAGAAAAUAACUGCACAGUUGUCAACAACACUGUGAUGGUGUGUCUGGCGCCCUCUGUGGCCGGAUCUGAAAAAGGCUUUUCAGAGUCGGGCAGCAGUCCUGAUGAAAUUGGCUUUGUCAUGGAUGACGUGCGCUCUGUGCUGGUUGUAAACGAGACCUUCAGCUACCACCCGGACCCCGUGUUCGAACCUCUGAGCCCCUCGGGCAUGCUGGAGCUGAAGCCCAGUUCACCGCUUAUACUCAAGGGCCGUAACUUAAUUCCUACAGCCCCAGGAAACUCUAAGCUGAAUUACACUGUGCUGAUCGGUGAGACGCCCUGCAUUCUCACCCUGUCUGAGAGCCAGCUGCUGUGUGAAUGGCCCAACCUGACCGGAGAGCACAAAGUCACUGUGCGUGUUGGAGGCUUUGAAUACUCACCGGGGACCUUGCAGAUCUACUCCGACAGCCUGCUCACCCUGCCUGCCAUCAUUGGUAUUGGAGGAGGUGGUGGCUUGCUCCUGCUGGUUAUCAUUGUGGUGCUGAUUGCUUAUAAGAGAAAAUCACGGGAUGCGGACCGCACCCUCAAACGGCUGCAACUGCAGAUGGACAACCUGGAGUCCAGGGUGGCCCUUGAGUGCAAGGAAGCCUUUGCAGAGCUGCAGACAGACAUCCAUGAACUCACUCAGGAGCUGGACGGAGCAGGAAUCCCCUUCCUGGACUAUCGCACCUAUGCCAUGAGAGUCCUCUUUCCUGGGAUUGAGGACCAUCCUGUGCUCAAGGAGAUGGAGGUCCCUGCUAACACGGAGAAGGCCCUGACAUUGUUUGGCCAGAUGCUGACCAAAAAGCACUUCCUGCUGACCUUCAUCCGCACCUUGGAGGCACAGCGGUCCUUCUCCAUGCGAGACCGGGGCAACGUGGCCUCCCUUAUCAUGACGGCGCUGCAGGGGGAGAUGGAGUACGCCACGGGCGUUCUCAAACAGCUCCUGUCUGACCUUAUCGACAAAAACCUGGAGAGCAAGAACCACCCAAAGCUCCUUCUCAGAAGGACGGAGUCAGUCGCUGAGAAGAUGCUCACCAACUGGUUCACCUUCCUGCUUUACAAGUUCCUCAAGGAGUGUGCUGGUGAGCCUCUCUUUAUGCUGUACUGUGCCAUGAAGCAGCAAAUGGAAAAGGGCCCAAUAGACUCAAUCACAGGAGAGGCACGCUACUCCCUCAGCGAGGACAAACUCAUCAGGCAGCAGAUUGACUACAAGACUUUGACGCUGCACUGUGUGAACCCAGAGAAUGAGAACGCUCCGGAGGUGACGGUGAAGAGCCUGAACUGUGACACAGUGACGCAGGUGAAGGAGAAGCUGCUGGACGCUGUGUACAAGGGCACACCAUAUUCCCAGAGACCAAAGGCUUCCGAUAUGGACCUGGAAUGGCGGCAGGGUAGGAUGGCUCGCAUCAUCCUUCAGGACGAGGAUGUCACCACCAAGAUAGACAACGACUGGAAGAGACUCAACACCCUGGCUCACUACCAGGUGACAGAUGGCUCAGUGAUUGCCCUGGUGCCUAAACAGAACUCAGCCUACAAUAUCUCCAACUCCUCCACAUUCACCAAGUCCCUCAGCAGAUAUGAGAGCAUGCUGAGGACAGCCAGCAGUCCGGACAGCUUGCGCUCCCGAACACCCAUGAUCACCCCCGACCUCGAGAGCGGCACCAAACUGUGGCACCUAGUCAAGAACCAUGACCACUCAGACCAGAGGGAAGGGGACCGAGGGAGCAAGAUGGUCUCUGAGAUCUACCUGACCAGACUGCUGGCCACCAAGGGUACGCUCCAGAAGUUUGUGGAUGACCUGUUCGAGACCAUUUUCAGCACAGCGCAUCGAGGAAGCGCCUUGCCGCUCGCCAUCAAGUACAUGUUUGACUUCUUGGACGAGCAGGCAGACAAACACUCCAUAUCAGACUCUGAUGUACGACACACUUGGAAGAGCAACUGUCUUCCUCUGAGGUUCUGGGUGAAUGUGAUCAAGAACCCCCAGUUUGUCUUUGACAUCCAUAAGAACAGCAUUACAGACGCCUGCUUGUCCGUUGUGGCUCAGACCUUCAUGGACUCCUGUUCAACAUCGGAGCAUAAACUAGGGAAGGACUCGCCUUCGAACAAGCUGCUCUACGCUAAAGACAUCCCCAACUAUAAGAACUGGGUAGAGAGAUACUACUCUGACAUCUCCAGGAUGCCAGCCAUCAGUGACCAGGACAUGAGUGCCUACCUGGCGGAGCAGUCCCGUCUGCAUGCCAACCAGUUCAACAGCAUGUCGGCCCUAAACGAGAUCUACUCCUACAUUGUCAAGUACAAGGAUGAGAUCUUGUCAGCGUUGGAGCGGGACGAGCAGGCGAGGAGACAGAGACUGAGGAGCAAGCUGGAGCAGGUCAUUGACACAAUGGCCCUGAGCAGCUGAGGACUGUCCAGCGCCUCCAUUUCCUCCUUCUCUUCACUCCUCCUCUCCAUCUGUCUCUCUCCCUCGCUCCUCUCACCCAGACAACAAACAAAACUCCAACCCCCAACAGUACGACAGACGAACUGCAAAAGGACUAUAGCAGAAUACUGCAAAAUGGGGGGGUUCGAUAGAGAUGGGCGGGCCUGUGUACGCUUACAUGUGUAUGUGUGUGUUUGUCUGCAGCCCCAUACAGUGUGUGGGCUCAUGUCUGUGUGAGAGACUGGGACACCAGACAUUUUCACACAUGCAUACAUGGAAAAACAUGCCAAUGGCAUUUGAGCAUUUGAUUAUUGUGGAUGUUGGUGUUUGUUGUUUGCUUGACUUUGAUUUCAAGAGUUUUGUCGUGAUGAAGCGAUGGCCAGGAAAGAAACAAUGGAAGCCUGGAAAGGAACUCAAUAUAUGGCUUCAUUCACAGGAUGGACGAAUCUGUGAUGAGCCAAUGAAGAGAGGCUUAUGUGACUCCAACGGGUGUUACAGUUUUAAAGGAUGUUUUUUUUGUAUAGAUGUAAUCAACUGCCCACUCUCUGAUCUCUCGCCACUUGUAUUACUGCUGAAUUUGCACAAUUUACAGAAACGUUAGGAAAGACGAUAUAGAUAUUAUAUAUAAAUACAGCUACGUUUUUAAAGAAACAUUAGGGAGAAAACAUUUUGGUUGUUUUUCAUUUAAACCAACAAACACACAAAACAUAACAACAAUAAAACAUGAUUUGAUAUUUCAAGUACAAAAGAAAAAACGACGUAGACAAAAAAAAGUUUGAAAAAGAAACAAAAAAGUCGUACUGUGCCAUGUUUUCUUUGAAUGUUGUUUAGUGCAAAGACAUUUUGUUAGAUGGAAUGUGCUACAGUUUGAUUUUAAAUAUGAACAUGCCUAGUGACUGAAAAGAAUUGUUUGAGUAAUGACCCAUCAUGAGAUCCUUGUUGAAAAUGACAGGAAGUGAGAGGACACAGUUUUUUGGUCUUCUCAAGUUAGUACAGUUCAUGUCAUGGUGAUAACAUGAAAUUGCUGUUGUUUCUAAUUCAGUCAGUGCAAUCUUUUGGUUUCAGAAAACCAAACAUACACUCACAGGAUUUUUGCUUCAUCAUGACCAAGUAUUCCGCGCCACAGCUGGUUCUGUUCUCCAAGGGUCAAAAAGUGACAGUUAGGUGGAUCAUGUUAUAGUAACUGAACAAUGAAGUAGCUACAUUGCACUACCUGAAAUAUUUCCGUUGACCCGAUACCACAAAGCCACCAUAGCUAACCAUUAAGAUGUGUUCACACCAAACGUGAAGCUUUUGCACAGUGCGAUUACAUAUGAAGUCCAGGCAAUCGUUUUUUUCACGCCAAAUAGGUCCAUGCGAGUCAAAGUGUUUGAACAUUUGCGUAAUGCUGUGUCAGCGUUGAGAUGUACUAGAAAAUCAGAAAUGGGGGACAAACUUCUUGUCGUUGGCUGCGGGCUGCGGGCUUAUGGAGCUCUACAACUCAACGUCAGUACUGUGCAGAGAUGGCUUGGGGGAAAGUGAGAGAAGCCAUCUGACUACAUGAUAACAUCUGAAAUAUGUAUUUGUAACUUUAUUCCAGCUAUCAGAUGUAGUGAUACGAACCAAAUUAGCACUGUUAGCAUUAGCCGCCUUCCCCAGUUAGUUAGCUAGCACUCCAUAAAACACUCCUGCAGCCAAAUUUGCGCGUGCAAAUUGAGGCGAAUGUUUGCUUUGCAUUUGGCCGGAACACACCUUAAGGAUUCGACAGGGCCUGAGUUUGUGUUAGCCACACCUUGACGGGUCAUUUAUUUUUCCAACACAGUCCUUUUAGAGCAAAGCCUAGCUAUGUCUAGUUGCUCUCAGACGCCAUUUACGUCUUUACAGGAGCAACAAUGAGGUCAGGUAGAGCUUAGUUGAGCCCCUCAGUGGUGAAACAAAGUGGGAAAAGCUGUUUUCAGCCUAAAGACACUUUUUCCGUUUUCUCAAAGGUAAUACCCAAAUAGAGGGACAAGGAAAAUAUAUACUGAGUUUUUCUCUCCACCUCUUACCUAUGUAUAUGAGAGAGGGGUUUUAGCUUUUUAUCCAUGGGCAGGUUGGGGGGGGAGGUAUAGAAAUAUACAGAGGUGAGACAUCUCUGUUCAUUAGCUACAUGAGGCUGAGUAUUCCUCCCCUUAGCCUGCAGCUCUUGUUUCAAAACUAGCCUAUUGCCAUGUGUGGCUUAAGCUUUUUUAUUAUUAAUAUUAUUAUUAUUAUGAAGUCUGCUCUGUUUAGAGGAUUUCUUUAUUUCUCUUCUUUUUUUUUUUGAAGUCCUGAAGUCAGGGUUUUGACUUUGUUGUGAGAAAUAAUGUUUUUUUUUCAUUUAUUUUUUUCUGCUUGCCGAAAAACCAAACUGUGGUCCGUGUAUUGUUUUUGUUGAUGUUUUCAUUUGUAAAUUGUAUACUUUUUCAUGAUGAACAAAAGCUGUUUGCCAUUUUUUUUGUUAUCAGGUAGGUAUUUGUUUUUUGUCUUUUUAUUUUCAACAUGUAAAUUGUACAUUGUACGGUACAAAGAAGACAAAAUUAUCUUCAGUUUGCCUGAAGUUGAAAUACUUGACACAACUCAAGGUUUAUUUUCCUGAUCUCAAGGAUCAAAAUGAAAUUGUUGCAUCAGAUGAGCAUCUGUGUCUUUGUGAUGGAAAUGUGACUUGCUGCUUUUACUCUUGUACCUUGUUUUUCUAUCAAACAUUAGGGCUGUCAUUUUAUGCUGAUCAUAAAUGCUGUCGCUGUCCAUUUUUACGCCAGGUUCCUUAAAAAAAAAAACUACUCUCUCAUCCAAUAAUAGUUAGCACACCUCCCAAAUUUAUAUCAACUCACAAUUUUGUUUACAUGUCUGAUUUCUACAGCUGUAUACAUAUCAGCCUAGUUCAACUGGAUACCUGUAGGGACAUGACAGUUUACUCUGGAUCUGCCAAACACAAUCUUGUGGGACCACUCUGCUGAUGUUAGGAGACCAACUUCUCCAUUUCAGCUGACCAUGUUGGUUACACACAUUAAAUGAUCUCUAUUAGAAUCAUCUAUAAUAAAGAGAGUGCUGCAAAACCUCCACUAAAAUGUGCUUAGUCCACAUACAAUAAUUAUAAAGAUGUUUUUUUUUCUUCAGUGUACAGCCUAGUUUUUGCUGCAUUCGUACAUUUUGGUGCUCUUACUGUAUAUCAAGGCAAGGAAAUAGAUGACUGCUGAUGUCAGAGCUCAGCGGUGCUGUUAACAGCAGUUCCUUUAAUGGUCAGUAUGAGUACAAUGUACUGUAGGGACAAAUCCACUUGCUCCCUAUAAAAGCACACAGACAAAAACCUGCUAAGGGUACAGUGCCCAGUUGGAGAUCUGUCAGGCUUUUUGAUGACGCAUAAACAUUCUCAGUUCAUUGUCAGGUUCAUGCUCCAUUUUCUUCUGUGUUCUCUUUGUAAUUUGGUUGAUUAAAUGAGUGCUGAGGAAGAUGGCUAGUUUAUCGUUUGCAUGGCUACUUGCCUUUUAGAUUGACCUGCUUGGAUGCGUCUUUAGAGAAACUUCUCAUUUACCGGUCUCUAUCCUUCAGUUUGCACUGUUUAGUGUGAUAAUUGUCUUGUAGGCCUAAUAAUUGUUGUGGAGGUGGUACACAGCAUGUUUGGUGUCAUCAGGAAGAAGAAAACAUCAGCUGACUUACAGGAGAACUUGUCACAAGAACAACAUGCCAACUUCUAGCUGAGUUGCUGGGUUUUACGCUGUUUCUCUGUCAAAUCAGAACAACUUGAAAGAAGUGAAGUUUACUGGCAUCAGUUUAAACUGAGUCAGCACACAGUCAUGUAUCUCAUGUUGAACUCAGCUCUUAAGACAUGCAUAUUCAUACUUUGCCUCUCCAAAAAAAAAAAACAGAUUCUCAGAUGCAAGUCCUGGCAACAUUCUGUUUUCAGUUUUUUUCCCACCUUUUUUUCCAGCUUUCUUCCGAUUCUGGAAUAUUCAGUAGUUGGUUUUUUUUUGUUAGUGGAAGUUACAUAGAGUCCAAGGAAAUGUAUUAAAUGGAUUUCAGACAGAGCUGGCAAAGGAAUUUUAAUACUAUAAUAACUCUGAUUACAUUUUAGAGUUUCAGACUUGAAGCAACUGUCACGAGUUUGCAGGUUAACAUUCAUUGUGUAAAUAUUCUGUUAUUUCCUAUUUUGCAGAUUUACUACUUGUAAAUAAACAUGCAUCAAGGAGAGAUUAAACAUUUUUUGCUAAAU